CAUUUUGAUGGUCAGUUCGUCGUAGUUUGUCAUCCAUUAGUGUCGUUUACAGCUCGCAGUGUAUAUAUUUACAUCAUCAAAUAUAUAAAGAGUGAUAAUUAUUAUUGAUUGAAUUUAAAUAAAUUAACUUACGACACUACGAUUGUAAGCGCGUUUAAAUAACAACUUUUUUUGUUAGCGUUGACCGCUAAUUUUUAAUAAUUUAUCGAUUAAUAAAAUAAAGCCACACAAUAUGGCUGAAUUUGACGCGAAAAUAAAUAUGUCUCUCGAUGAAAUCAUAAAGCUGGAGCGCAAGGAAAAAAAGAAAAAGCUUAAUGUCAAUGGAAAACCAGCUUUGAAGAAGAAUAUAAGAGCGAAUAAUGUCAGAGGUGUUGGACGUGCACGUAAUGCUGUUGGUGCUGGAGGAAAUAAAAGUUUUACUGGAAAUUUUAAAAAAAAUUUUAAGACUGGCGGUAGUCCCAAUUUGAAUGCGAAGAAUCGUAAUCAGAGUCAAGCUUGGCGUCUGCAACGCGGACGUAACGCUAAUCAACCUAACAGUGGAUUUAUAACUAAACGUUACAAGCAACAAAAUGGAGUAAUCAAGAGAACCAAGACUGGACUUGGUAUUAAUAAAAAUAUAAAUAACAAGCAGCAGCAACAACAAAUAAAUAAAAGAGGAUUAGCUUUACGUCGGACCAAAAAUAUGAGAUUUGGUUUAACUCGUUCGAGAAGUCGUAACAAUCUUGCCACUGCUGGUGGUAAAAAUUUUUCACCAAACGCACGAGUACUUAAAAAAACAAACAGUCUACCGGAUUUACGUAAUCCUAAUUCUGUACACAAUCGUCUGGGAUAUCAGAGUCUUAAUCAAGUCGCAUACAGAAACCGUGUUAAAAGAGCUAAAAAAUUGUUACUUCAACUUCAGAAUAAACAAAAACGUGGUGACGAACAGAUGGUAUAUCGUCCAGCCAAAGCACUGACAGCACUACAACGACGUGCACUUGAACGUCGUCAGCAGCAACUUUUAUCAUCACAGAGAAUUUUCAACGCCGGUGGGCUUCGAUCCGAUCAAAUUUUACGCACACAAAGGCGUGCACAGUACGCACAGAAAUUUAUGAGACUCAAUGCUGCACAAAUGAAUCCAAAUGUUAACUUUAUGUGUACUCUUGGAGAUGACUUCAAUAUGAAUCAACGUCAGAUGAAUUUCAAUCAAAACCCGGGUCGUAAUUUAGGCAACAGCAGUCUUCGUCACAUUUCACGAGAACGUUCACCUUUCAGACCAAACAUGCAAAAUUCUAUUCCUAGAUCACAAUUUAUGAGACCACGUUCCCGUUCACGCUCUCGUUCACGCAGUCGUGUUCAAACCGUGUCGUCAAUCCCAGCAGGCGCCAACGUCGACGAUAGGACAUUCAGCCAAGUCAUGUACAGCGUCUCAAAUAAUCUUGGAGUUACUGGACGAACACUCAAUGACAGAUUUAGCUUUUAAUUAAUUAAUUAAUAAAUAAUAUUAAUAUUUAAUAUUAAGUAAUGAUAAAAAAAAUUAUAAUAAUGAUAAAAAUAUAUUUAUCUAAGACUGCGUAACGGACGUAAAAGUUAUGGAAACUAAUAAAUGAAAGCAGCAAUCCGGGAUAUACGUACUGUCAUACUAAAUGUAUAAUAUUAAAAUAUCGUGCGAGUUAUGCACAAGUGUAUAAAAUAUCAACUAUUAAUAAUAAUAAUAUCAAUACGUUUAAAAGUAAUUAUGAUAAUAAUAAUAAUAGUAUAAAUUUAUAAGUUAAUCAAGUUUUCUGUGUCCAUUUAACACUGAUUAUUUUUUUAUUAAUUUAAUUUUAGUGCAAAUUGUGUUUAAAUUUGUUUUAUUGACUCA